AGCCAACAGAAGCAAAUGCAGGAGAUCUUAAAGCACCUGAGCCAGCAGGAGGAGAAGAACAAGGAGUCCCAGCAGGUGCUAGGGCAGCACUUGAACAGUGAGGUUCAGAAACAAAACUGCCUAAUAGAGCAGCUCAGACAGAUGGUGGCUGAACGAGAAGCAAAGGUUAAAGAGCUGGAAGAGGAGAUUGGGCAACUCACAUUUCAGAAGAAAUCUGCUCAUCAAGGGGACGUUUCAGGAGCUGCUGAUACACCACCUUCUGACCCACCUUCUGAGCACUCAGAAGAUCUGGGGUUUACUCUUCUUAAGCCUCUGGCACCAGGCAGAAAUCAGAUUGGAAGGAUUGGAUCUGCUCGCACAGUGUCCAAGAUGGGCCAUACACUUGUGGAGUCGGCUGCAACUAAGCCUUCCCUUCUCAGUAGUGACAUCACACCUGGAAGGCUUGCUGGCACUGACAGCCCGGAUCUGAAAGUGCUGCAGAUGCAGAUCAUAGAGCACAAGGCUCUCUGCCAGGCUGCUGAAGUGGAAAGAGACAGGCUCCUGGAACUGGUCACUGUGCUGCAGAAAAGGCUGGAGGAAGGCAGCGAUAAAGUCUUGGAAGCUGAGAAGAGGCUGCGAUGCGUCAUUUUGGAACAGCAGCUUGAAAAACUGCACAUGGAUCCAGGGAGGAGCACAGGCGCACAGAAACCUCCCCCGAGGAGCAAAACAGGCCAGUCUGUAAGUCACUCAAGACUCACCUUGAAUGUGAGUGAUAGGAAGGAGGUCUCUGCAGCCCAGCUUUCCAAGUUGCCUCUAGAAUCGCAGAUAGAGGAGCUGAGCACAAGGCUUGUGAUCCAGCUGGAUGAGAAUGAAGCUCUGAAGGCUGCUUUGGAGGCUACUGUGAGAAAGAAAGAGGAAGACUUUAAACUGUAUCAAGACACAAUGAACCAAGUCAAGGAUAUCUUUUCACAGGCUCUUCGGCAGCAGAAACAAGAGAAGAGUUAA